AUGAACUUCCUCCAUAGCACCCUCGACAGAGUCCGGGAGUGGGCACCCGUCUCGCACACCUCCACCUUCCGUCAAAAUGGUCAGAUUACCCCCGAAGAGUUCGUAGCCGCCGGCGACUAUCUAGUCUACAAGUUCCCAACGUGGUCGUGGGCAGACGCCUCUCCGGAAAGCAAGCGCGUGGGCUACUUGCCUCCAGGCAAGCAGUUCCUAGUGACUCGAGGCGUGCCAUGUCAUCGCAGACUUGACGAUAACUUCGCGGGGGAUGCCGGACAGGAGGAGACGAUGGUGGGUGAUGGAGAAGACUUUAAGCUUGCCGGGGGGCCGCAUUCGCCUGGGGAUGAUGAGGAUGGAUGGCUGAGAACUGGGGGUUUGGGGGCGAGCCAGGAGGCAAGGGCGAGGGAUGUGAGGACUGUGGACGAGAGUGGAAAUAUGGGAGAGAGGGAAGAAGACGAGGAUGAGAUUCCAGACAUGGAGGACGAGGAUGAUGAUGAUGAGGCUAUUAUUCGAGAUCCUAAGGGCGAUGGAGCUGAUGCAUCUCGACGUACAUACACUCUAUACAUUGCCUACACUCCUUAUUAUCGCACUCCACGCCUCUACCUCUCCGGAUACCUCGCAAACUCACAACCUCUUACCCCGCAACUCAUGAUGGAAGAUAUCGUCGGUGACUACAAAGAUAAGACAGUUACCCUUGAAGACUUCCCCUACUUCAGCAACAACAUCAAGAUGGCAUCUGUACACCCAUGUAAACACGCCAGCGUUAUGAAGACCCUCCUCGAUCGUGCAGACGCCGCUCUCAAGAUUCGUCGAGAGAAGAUGCGCCAAGGAAAGAUUGCACCAGGCGCCAAAGAUGCUGGUAUGGAAGGACUGGUCGAUGACUUCAGCAAAACUGGUCUAAGCGGUGACAAAGCUCUUGUAGAUGGUAUGAAAGCUGGUGGAAAUGGCAAUGAUGAAUGGGAAGUCCUACAGCAUGAUCAGGAGGUCACGGAUGAGGAGGUUGCUAUUCGAGUGGAUCAAUAUCUGGUCGUGUUCUUGAAGUUCAUGGCAAGCGUCACACCAGGGAUCGAACAUGAUUUUACUAUGGGUGUCUAA